AUGAUUUAUAAAUUACCAACAUUUUAUGAAACUACUGCUCAAUUAUUAUGUGAAAAUUAUUUUUAUCAACAAGAACAUUUUAAUAUUGAAAAUUUUCUUUAUCGAUUUAUUUCUAAUCCAUUAUUAACUAUUGAUAAUAAUGAAUUAUUAACUAUAAAUAAUAUUAUUGAUCAAAAAAUCAAUAAUAAUAAUAAUAAUAAUAUUAUUAUUACAAGAAAAUUAAUGAUAUUUACUCGAACAUCAUCAUUUGUUAUUAGUCUAAAUCAACAAUCAAAAAAUGAUUUAUUUUAUCAAAAUGAUGAAAAUGAUAUGAUGAUGAACAUUAGUGAAAAAAUCGAUAUUCUAAAUCUAGCAAUUAUUGAAAAUUCAAAUGAAUUACUUGAACAUUUUCAAACUUUUGAACAAUCAAAUGAAAAAUCUAUUCUUAUCAUUGUUAUUGAUGGUCGUAUUAAUCAACAACGUAUACAUAUACCAUUUAUUCGACAAUUAAUUGAUAAAACUGAUAUUUCUUGUAAUAAAUCAUUGAAAAAUUUAUCAAAAUUUUUUAUUAUUCUAAUAUAUUCAUCUGGACAAGAACUUAAUUAUAAAUCAUGUUUUCCUUCAAUAUUUUUACAUGAUUGGGAUUAUUGGUUUGUUGAUACAUCAACACCAGGUAGUGCAUUUCAUUUACAAAAAAUUUUACAAAUUUUUACUUCAAAAAUUGGAAAAUUUCAUCAACAAGAAACAUCAAAUAAUUAUCUUUAUGAUUUAAAUAAACUUUUUGAUGAUUGUCUAUGGAAUUUUUGUUCUCGUUUACAAAUAAAUAUACAUAAAUUAUCACGAAAUUUAUUUAAUAGUUUUGAUGCUUAUGAAUUUUAUCAACGUCAAACAACUACUUAUCGACGUGUACAAUGUUUGAAAAAUAUUUUUCAACAAAUUAAUCAAUUACAAAAACAUAUUAUAACAAUUUAUCAUGAAAAUAUUUUAAUGAAAGAAGAAUUUUUAAGAAAAAAUUGUAAUAGAAUUUAUGAUAUUUCAAAAGAUAUUUUAUGUGGAAAAUAUUUUAUUAGUUUAGUUGAUUCUUUACAAUUACAUAUACGAAUAUCAUUUAUAAAUUUUAUUUCAUUUAUUUUAAAAUAUAUUGUUGAUGAUUAUGGAUUAGAAUCUUUAACUAAAUUAUCAAAUAAAAAUAAUGAUUAUAAUAAAUUACUUGAUUUAAUUGAUUAUUCAUCAUUUCCUAUUAAUUAUGAAAAUCAAAUUGAUUCAAUAAUACAAGAAAUAAUAAUUUUAAAUGAUCAUUAUUCUUGUAUACUUCAAACACCAUUAUUUUAUUUAUGUCGACAACGAAUCAAAAAUAUUGCAGAUGAUAUCAAAUUUAAAUUGAUUUAUCAACAAAAUCAAUUUAAUGAACAAGUAGAUGAUCUUCAUUUCGAUUAUUAUGAUGGUUCAAUAUCAACAUCACCAAUAAUAUAUAAUAAUUUCUAUAAUGAUCAAGAUAGAACAGCUAAUAUACAAGAACAAUAUCGUAAUCAAUUGAUUCGAUCGCUUAUGAAUGAUAAAAUCUUAACUAGAGUUAUUUCAUCAUCAAUUCUUCAAUCAUAUAUUAAUGAUUCUAUUCGAAUUCUUUGUACAAUUAUUGAAAAGAAUUUUCAUGAUAAUCAAAUACAAUGUGAAAAAACAAUUGAUUUUGUAUCACGUUGGUUAAUAUUAAUUGAUAAUGAUGAUGAUGAUGAAAAAGCUUCAUACAAUUCUUCAUUAAAUCGUAAUAUUUGGCAACUUGCUCAUAUUUAUACAUUAUUUGAAUAUGAACAAAAUGAUAUUCUUUCAUUCUAUUCUGCUUGUCGAAUAAUAGAAAAUCUUAAUCAAAAUCAAUCAUUUUACAAUGAUCUUUUCGAAAAUGAAGAUAUUACUCGUUCAAAAGUUCGAGAAAAUUUAUUUCGAUUAAUGUUUUAUCAUUUAUGA